AACACUGACGUGAAUGCGUUUGUGUUAUUUGUUUGUUUUGUGAAUGAGUUAGUGUUUAUGAUGGCUGGAGUGAUCCGCAGACUCGACGAGACUGUAGUGAACCGCAUCGCGGCGGGAGAAAUCAUCCAGCGGCCUGCCAAUGCCAUCAAAGAAAUGAUGGAGAACUGUUUGGAUGCAAAGGCCACAAAUAUUCAAAUUACAGUUAAAGAGGGCGGGCUGAAGCUCAUUGUCAUCCAGGACAACGGUUCCGGCAUCAGGAAAGAAGAUUUAGAAAUAGUUUGUGAACGUUUUACAACCAGCAAGCUUCAGACUUUUGAGGAUCUGACAUCGAUUGCGACAUAUGGAUUCAGAGGGGAGGCUCUUGCCAGUAUCAGUCAUGUAGCACAUGUCACAAUAACCACAAAAACUGCUGAUGCUAAAUGUGCCUACAGGGCCAAUUACUGUGAUGGGAAACUAAAGUCUUCACCUAAACCCUGCGCUGGAAAUCAGGGGACGUUGGUUUCUGUAGAGGAUCUGUUUUAUAACGUGUCAACUCGACGGAAAGCUCUGAAGAGCCCCAGUGAGGAAUAUUCCAGAAUCGUUGAGGUUGUGAGCAGAUAUGCCAUUCACAACUCCGGGAAAAGUUUUGCUGUCAAGAAGCAAGGUGAAAUGGUUUCAGAUGUGAAGACCCUUCCAAACGCCUCUGUGUUGGACAAUAUUCGCACAGUAUUCGGUGUGGCUGUGAGCAGAGAGCUGAUUGAAGUUGAGUGUGAGGAUCAAAAGCUUGCUUUUAAACUGAAGGGCUACAUCUCCAACGCCAACUACUCUGUCAAGAAAUGCAUCCUCAUCCUUUUCAUCAACCAUCGUCUGGUGGAGUCGAGUGCCUUAAAGAAAUCUAUUGAAACUGUCUACAGUGCCUAUCUUCCCAAAAACACUCAUCCCUUUCUUUAUCUUAGUUUGGAGAUCGCACCCCAGAACAUUGACGUGAAUGUUCACCCCACCAAACAUGAGGUUCACUUCUUACACGAGGACUGCAUCAUCGAGAGCGUUCAAAAACACAUCGAGAGUAAACUUCUCGGCUCAAAUUCCUCACGCACGUACUUCACGCAGACUCUGCUUCCCGGACUUUCUGCGUCCACCAGCGUGGCGAAAGCCUCGAGUUCUUCAGCAGAUUCCCAGGAGCGCGUUUACGCCCAUCAGAUGGUCCGCACGGACAGCAAGGCCCAGAAGCUGGAUGCUUUUCUUCAGCCGUCAGUCUCCUCCACUGCUGCUCAGAGCAGAUUAGAGAAAACAUCCAGCCCUCCGACCACUACUGAAGACGUUAAAGAGCCCGACGAUACAGAACUGCUGGACGCUGUCGAGGUUCUGGAGCCGUCCGUCAAUGAUAUUCCUCAGACAGAUGGUCAAUGUCCUGCUGAAGAUGCACCACCCAGGAAAAGGCCACAUGUUGACAAGAAGAAGGAGGAUUUGACGGCAGCCGCUCUUCCCAGGAGACGCAUCAUCAACCUGACCAGCGUGAAGGAGCUUCGAGAAGAUAUAGAGCAGCAAACUCACAAAGGUUUACAGGAGCUUCUGCAGAAUCAUUCGUUUGUGGGCUCUGUAAAUCCUCAAUGGACUUUAGUGCAGCAUCAGACAAAACUUUACCUACUGAACACAACCAAAAUCAGUCAGGAGCUGUUUUACCAAAUUUUGAUCUACGAUUUUGGUAACUUUGGAGUCCUUCGAUUGUCGAAUCCAGCUCCGCUGUAUGAUCUGGCCAUGUUGGCUCUGGACUCAGAGGAAAGCGGCUGGACGGAGGAAGACGGUCCAAAAGAAGGACUGGCUCAGUAUAUCGUAGAUUUCCUCAAACAGAAAUCGGAAAUGAUGGAGGAAUAUUUUUCCCUGGAAAUAGACGAUGAAGGAAAACUGGUUGGUCUUCCAAUGUUGCUUGAUAAUUAUAUUCCCGCAAUGGAGGGACUUCCUAUGUUUAUUCUGCGUUUAGCCACUGAGGUGAACUGGGAUCGGGAGAAGGAGUGUUUCCAUGACUUUGCUGUUGAGUGUAGUCACUUUUACUCCAUCAGGAAACUUUACACACUGGAAUCAGAUGCAGAAGAACCUCAGGAUGCAGAAAUGAGCUGGCAGUGGAAGGUGGAGCAUGUGCUGUUUAAAGCGUUGCGUACUCUCUUCAGUCCUCCAAAACACUUCAGUGAAGACGGCAGCGUCCUCCAGAUCGCCAGUCUGCCAGAUCUCUACAAAGUGUUUGAAAGAUGCUGAAGUUUCUGUAUAAUAGUUCAAAUGCUGCUUUUGAAAACACUUGUGAAGAUGAAACCAAACAGACCUUCUUUAUUUGUGUAUAUUUGUACUAUUUGUGUAUAUUAUUUGACAUAAAAAAUUAAAAUUUUCUCAUUGACAACAGACU